ACACACGUCUUCUUAUCAUAAACCAAUACACAGAUACACUUGCUUCUCACUUUAGAACGGUGUAUGGCCGAUUCAACACCGCUUCUGUCUCACUGUGAUAAACCGGCAGAACCAAAACGGCCGCCUCGAUCCCUCGAUGAGACCAUCGAAGGCUGUAUCGGAGACUUCGGGUGGUGGCAAUUCUUGCAAGCAAUACUCGUCUCUCUUGCUUGGGUCUUUGAUGCUCAGCAAACCUUCAUCAGUGUAUUCACUGAUGCUGAGCCAUCCUGGCACUGCACCCAAGGCGGAGACGAGUCUGUUUGUAACGCUUUGUCCAACAUUUGCGAGCUCCCUAAGAAUUCAUGGUCUUGGGAUUGGCCUUCCCACACAUCAAUCAUAGCGGAAUGGGGCCUGGAAUGUGCGCCUUCUUUCAUCACUGGCCUCCCUGCUUCUGCUUUCUUCAUGGGUUGCCUUGCAGGCGGACUUGCACUUGCAACGCUUGCUGACUCCACUCUUGGCCGCAAAAACAUGCUCUUAUUCUCAUGUCUCAUGAUGUCUUUUUCUUCAAUCUUCACCGUUUUUUCACCCAAUAUUUGGAUCUAUUCUCUCCUGAGAUUCAUUAACGGGUUUGGCCGCGCAACUGUUGGAACUUGUGCCCUCGUGUUAUCAACCGAGCUAGUAGGAAAACGGUGGCGCGGCCAGGUCGGCGUUGUUGGUUUCUUUUGUUUUACUUUAGGGUUUCUUUCAUUGCCGGUAAUGGCAUACGUAAAUAGAGGUUCUUCAUGGAGAACACUGUAUCUGUGGAUUUCGGUUCCAACAAUUUUGUACUGUAUAUUAGUUCAUUUCUUAGUUCAUGAGUCCCCAAGAUGGCUGUUCGUCCGAGGACGCAAAGAAGAAGCAGUGUUAACACUCAAGAGCAUGGCUCAGGCUAAUCAAAGUCCCAUAACAAUGAGCUUCUCCAAUGUCCUAAUCGAGCAGGAAUCAUGGAAUGUAGAUAUUUACUCCACAAUCAAGAUACUGUUGAACAAGAGGUGGGCGGCAAAAAGGCUAGCGGCCGUGAUGGUGGGAGGUUUUGGGAUUGGGAUGGUGUACUACGGCAUGCCAUUAGGCCUUGGAAAUCUAUCCGUCAAUCUCUAUUUGGGCGUCACAUUAAACGCCUUAUCCGAGUUGCCAGCGUCACUCAUUACAUUCUUCCUUAUAGGGAAAAUGAAAAGGAAAGACUCAUUGUUGGGUUUCACAAUAUUAAGCGGGGUGUGCAGCGUGUUGUGUGUGGUGGUGGGGAAGGUGUCGCCAAGUUUACAGAUAGCAAUGGAGCUGAUAUCCUUCUUCAGUGCCUGCUCGGCCUUCAACAUGUCACUGAUAUACACAUUAGAGCUGUUUCCCACAUGCGUGAGGAACUCGGCAAUAUCAAUGGUGAGGCAAGCACUGGUGUUUGGGGGGGUGUUCAGCCCACUGCUCGUGGCCGCUGGGAGGACAAAUAACUUCAUAUCGUUCGGGGUAUUCGGGUUGGUGAUAGGAAUUUGCGGGCUCCCGUUGGUGGGAUUACCGGAGACUAGAGGUGGAACAAUUUGUGAUACAAUGGAUGAAGAAGAGCACAAACAAAAUGAGAAGGCGGCCGCCGCAAUUGCUACGUUAGCAUAACUUAAGCUAGCUGUAUCUGUCUAAUCAUUACAACUUGCCAAUAAUUGCAUGCCUUUCUUGUGAAGGUUUUUUUUUUUUUUUUUUCUUCUCUUUCUUUUUAAAUGUAUUCUAUGCCUUCAUUGUUAGAAAUCUCUUGAACGCGUUUUUCAUCUUGGUUUGAAUAAAUGUAGUUUAAGGAUUAUUAUUUUGUA